AAUAAAUUUUCUCUAGGGGUAAGAUUAAUAACUUUAUAGAACCUUAGGGAGUAUCAUGAUAUGUUUUCCUUAUCCACGAAAAUCGUUUUUCUAUUCCUCAUCCUAGCACACUACCUUGCGUCAGGGGUUUGAUCACCGUCGAUCCAGAAUCAACGGCCGUAACGCUCAGGACGACCCCAUCAUCUAAAUAUGCUUUUCUUUGUCCAUAUUUAGCGUCCAAAAAACGAAAAAUUCGUGCCGCUCGAAACAAUCAACCGUUAAAGGACUCAUCUCGGGGAAAUCGACGGCUGUGAUUUAAAGUAGCCGAACAAUAACCGAAUUUAUAUUUUUUUUAUUAUUUGCUUAGCUGGGACCCACCGCACUUACCAAAGGCGACAGGUUGCUUUUGCGUCGGUAUCAGUUACACCACCUUAUAUUCUCUCAGCUUUCUCCAUUUUCGCCAACUUUUUCUUUUUUCUCUGCUUUCGCGACUGCGAGUCCCUUCGGUUAACAUGGGAAAGACCUUCAAAGCUCUGCUGUUGUCUUUGUUCCUUUUAUGUCUGCUGUUUUCUGAUGUGUCUUCUGGGUCCAAUGAUAAGCUGGUUAGAAUUGGAUUGAAGAAGUUGAAAUUGGAUCAAAAUAGCCGGCUUGCUGCACGGCUUGAGUCUCAGGAGAGGGAGGGUCUCAGGGAUUUUCUGAAGAAAUAUCGUUUCCGUAAUUAUCUUGGGGACUCUGAGGAUACUGAUAUUGUAGCACUUAAGAAUUACAUGGAUGCUCAGUACUUUGGUGAGAUUGGUGUUGGAACUCCCCAACAAAAGUUCACUGUGAUUUUUGACACCGGCAGUUCCAAUCUUUGGGUGCCUUCUUCAAAGUGCUAUUUCUCGGUUGCAUGUUUCUUUCAUUCUAAAUACAAGGCAAGCGAGUCAAGCACCUACAAGAAGAAUGGGCAAUCUGCAUCUAUCCAAUACGGUACUGGAGCUAUAUCUGGUUUCUUUAGCUAUGACAAUGUUGCAGUUGGUGACUUGGUUGUGAAGGAUCAGGAAUUCAUUGAGGCAACUAGAGAGCCAGGUCUUACAUUUUUGGCUGCAAAAUUUGAUGGUAUUUUAGGACUUGGGUUUCAAGAGAUUUCAGUUGGUAAUUCUGUCCCACUGUGGUACAAUAUGAUGAAACAAGGUCUCAUCAGGGAACCAGUGUUUUCAUUUUGGCUUAACCGCAAUACAGAGGAAGAAGAAGGUGGUGAAAUUGUGUUUGGUGGGGUUGAUCCAAGCCACUACAAGGGCCAGCACACAUAUGUUCCUGUGACCCAGAAAGGCUAUUGGCAGUUUGACAUGGGUGAUGUCCUUAUUGGUGACAAACCUACUGGGUACUGUUCUGGAGGUUGUGCAGCAAUUGCAGACUCUGGAACAUCCUUGCUGGCAGGUCCAACGACUAUUAUUACCAUGAUAAACCAAGCAAUCGGAGCCUCUGGAGUUGUUAGCCAAGAGUGCAAGGCUGUUGUUCAACAAUAUGGGCAGACCAUUAUUGAUUUACUUUUAGCUGAGGCACCACCCAAAAAGGUCUGCUCCCAAAUUGGAUUGUGCACUUUUGAUGGAACUCGUGGUGUUAGCAUGGGCAUUGAGAGUGUUGUUGAUGAGACGAAAGGUAAAUCAUCUGGUAUUCUCCAAGAUGCCAUGUGCUCUGCUUGUGAGAUGGCCGUUGCAUGGAUGCAGAACCAACUAAGUCAGAAUCUGACUCAAGAUCGUAUAUUGAAUUAUGUCAAUGAGCUCUGCGAGAAAAUGCCAAGCCCAAUGGGAGAAUCAGCUGUUGACUGUGGAAGUCUUUCAUCCAUGCCUAUUGUUUCCUUCACUAUUGGGGGCAAGGUUUUCAACCUCUCACCAGAAGAGUACAUUCUCAAGGUCGGUGAGGGUCCUCAAGCUCAAUGCAUUAGUGGCUUCACUGCUAUUGAUAUUCCUCCUCCUCGUGGACCACUCUGGAUUCUGGGAGAUAUCUUCAUGGGUCCCUACCACACGGUCUUUGAUUAUGGUAAUCUCAGAGUUGGCUUUGCCGAGGCAGCAUAAGGACUUGGUGCAACAAUCCUGGUUAAGAACAUGUCUUUAUCUAGUAUUAAGCUAUAUAUGGUCUUAUAAAGAUGAUGAGCUUUCUAGUGAAACACAAGGUACUACUGGCGUCGGCCAGAAACAAUUCCAUUCCAUGUUGCUUGUAAAUAUCUUGGUGCUUGGUCUGUUACUUCCCUCAAACUUGGGUUCAUUAUGUAAAAAUUAAGAUUUACAUUACUCGAGUUGUGAAAGAAUGUUGUUGCUGCCUUGCCCCCUUACAAAAAAUGUGCUCGGUAUUG